AUGUGGAAGAAUUCUCUUAGACCCACCUCGGCAGCAGUCCGUUCCAGUCAGUCCUUUACAUUCCACGUCACUUGUCGUGGUAUUUAUUCGGCCCUAGAGAAAGACAUUGACGGUGUAGGCUCGACCAGGACUUUCGCCUCAACCAAUCCUAGGGCUUCAUAUGAAGAUACGAUAAAGAACAUUCUUAUCCAUAAAGACACUAAAGUCCUCGUUCAAGGAUUCACGGGAAAGACUGGUACAUUCCAUGCUCAACAAGCUAUCGAAUAUGGGACUAGGAUGAUUGGAGGGACUAAUCCAAAGAAAGCAGGAACAGAACAUUUAGGAUUACCGGUCUACGGUUCUGUUCGUGAUGCUGUUAAGGCCUCUCAACCCGACGCUUCAGUCAUUUAUGUUCCUCCACCUUUCGCUGCGGAUGCUAUCAUUGAAGCUAUCGAAAAUGAGAUCAAACUUAUCGUCACCAUCACCGAGGGGAUACCUCAAAGAGACCAGAUAAAAGUGAUGAACGCUUUGAAGAGUCAAAGUAAGAGUAGGAUGAUUGGGGGUAAUUGUCCUGGUAUCAUCAGUGAGGGAUGUAAGAUGGGGAUUAUGCCUGGACAUAUUUUCAAACAGGGUAAAAUCGGCGUUGUGUCCCGUUCUGGAACCCUGACAUACGAAGCUGUCAACCAAACAACCCUCGUCGGUCUAGGUCAAUCACUCACCGUAGGAAUAGGUGGUGAUCCCUUCCCCGGCACUCAACACAUAGACGUAGUCAAAGUCCUUCUUUCUGAUCCUAGGACAGAAGGUAUAGUUCUCAUCGGUGAAAUCGGUGGAUCAAUGGAAGAAGAUGCCGCGGAAUAUCUAGCAGCACAUAACACCGGUCCGAACGCAAAACCAGUAGUCGCUUUUAUCGCUGGUCGUACAGCUCCUCCAGGAAGACGAAUGGGACAUGCUGGAGCGAUCAUAAGUGGAGGUAAAGGUGCUGCUAGUGAUAAAGUAAAAGCUUUGAAAGCUGCUGGUGCUGUGAUUGCUGAUAGUCCUGCUCAGAUUGGAGAUUUGAUGUUGAAAGCUAUGAAAGAGGCGGGGAAGGCAUGA